AUGUCGCUUUCUAGAUACGUAAAGAAGUGUUGCAAUUUUGCCUUGGGAACUUCAAUUCCAGUGUUGGCUCUUUGUUAUGCAGACUCAAGUUUGAGAACUGCUAUCGGCAAACUUGCUGAGCAACGCGAAUUACAACUUUUAUACACACAAAAUUUCGAGAAAGCUCUUUCAGAUGGUCAGUCGAGUUCAUGUUCUGUUUUCGAUGCCAUAGUCAGUGAAAUCGAAGAACAGCUUCCUCUACAUUCGAUUGUCCAAAAUCUCAGGGAUUCCCGCUCCACCGACCAAAAUGGAGAAAAAAAGCUUUUCCUGUGGAAUGAGUUGAAGUUCCAAUCCAUUGUGCGAAUUUUAACGACUUUAUGUGUGAUAACAGAAUGCAAUAUGCUGACCAAGGUUUCUCUAACAAUUUUGGGACGCAAAGAUUUUUGUCUACGUGCUUCUCAAAAAUACAGUGCUAAUUUUCAUGAUACCUUCCAAAAGGAUUCUGAUCCUGCUAUUCUUAUGGGAAUUGUCUACGUACUGGAAAAAAAACAAUUACCCUUUUUAAUCGAGCAUGUUUCUUCUUCUGUCCAUAAAUUCUUUGAAAGUACUUCCCCUACGGAUAUUAUGAAAGUAGACAAUAUAUAUGCUUCUUUAGAAGGGACAAUGAACGACGUAUUUCUGAGGUAUAAAUUUGAAUUUUCCCAAGAUCGCGAAGAACUUCUUUCUGAAAUCUCAAAAAAAUAUGUCGUCACGGGCGGUCUUUCCCAAAUGUUGGAUGAGCUCGAAGAUUUUGUGACAGAAGCAGAUGCAGAACUUAUUUUCUCAACACAAAUGCGACUACUAUUAUCCCAUUUGAAAACUUUUCUUCCUACCGAGGACGCUAGAUUGGCCAAAAUGUUAAGCUUUUUCACGAAAUUCAGUGGCAGUAUCACUGAAUCACCCGUUAAGGAAAGUUUUUUUGAAUCUAUAUCCCAUAAUUCUGAAGCUAGAACAUUUGCAUCGAUUAUCUAUUCAAGUUUUGACCGUAAGUUUUCAGCUAUUGAAAAUUCUACUGUAUAA